UUAUGUCCCAAGAUGGCACUAUACUAGUUCUAUCGAAAUAUUGAAAUAAGAAGAUUGAUCCGGCAAGUGAAUACUACGUAUGAGUAUACACGCUAUUAUACGCUAUACAAUUAUUUAAAGAUAUCAGAAGCGUUAGAAGAAGUUUUCAAAAUUAAUAUAUUUACCAUGCCCGAUAAAACAUUGCCAAAAUUGUCCAACUUAACUUUAGGAGAAAUUUAUACAUCGGAAAAAAAUGGUAAUGAUGAAACUGGAGAUGGCACAGAACAAAAUCCUUUCAAGACAAUUUUACAAGCGAUGAGACAUGCCGGUAAAGAGCCUUUUCCAUUAAUUUACCAAGAUUCACGAGAUAGUGAAAAGAGAUAUGAACCAGCUAGUAAAUCCCAAUUAAAGAAAAUUCAGAAGAUUUGGACAAGAGAGCAAUAUAAAAAUGAGGAAAAGCAGGCAAAAUUACAAGAAGAUGAAGAAAAAAGACUAAAAAAUUUACAGGAAGCUAAAGAAAUUAUCAUUGAAGAAGAUAAGAGUUUCCCAGAUGCAAUAAGAAUUAAAAUAAUUAAAGCUUUAGAUUAUAGAGACAAAAGAGUUAAAAUAUUUGGUUGGAUACAUAGAUUGAGACGUCAAGGAAAAGCUCUCAUGUUCAUUACACUAAGAGAUGGAACAGGUUUCUUACAAUGCGUAUUAAAUGACAAAUUAUGUCAAACUUAUGAUGCAUUAACACUUUCUACUGAAGCUUCAGUAGAACUAUUCGGGACUUUAAAAUGUGUUCCUGAAGGAAAAAGUGCACCUGGUGGCCAUGAAUUGUGUGUUGAUUAUUGGAAAUUGAUCGGAGAAGCUCCACCUGGAGGUGCUGAUUCCAUUUUAAAUGAAGAAGCUCUUCCCGAUGUGCAAUUAGAUAAUAGACAUAUCAUGAUUCGUGGUGAAAAUACAGCACGUGUUUUGAUGAUGAGAUCUGUAUUAACGCAAGCUUUUAGGGAUCACUAUAAAGCAAGAGGAUAUUGUGAAGUAACACCUCCUACAUUGGUACAAACUCAAGUAGAAGGUGGUUCAACUUUAUUUAAAUUAGACUACUUUGGAGAAGAAGCAUAUUUAACUCAAAGUUCUCAACUUUAUCUUGAAACAUGUAUUCCAGCAAUGGGAGAUGUUUAUUGUAUUGCUCAGUCAUAUAGAGCAGAACAGUCAAAGACGAGAAGACAUCUUGCUGAGUAUACACAUGUUGAAGCUGAAUGUCCUUUUAUAACAUUUGAUGACUUGCUCGAUCGAGUAGAAGAUUUGAUUUGUGAUGUAGUAGAACGUGUAUUACAAUCUCCUCUUGGUUAUCUGGUUAAAGAAUUAAAUCCAGAAUUUAAAAAGCCUAAAAAACCAUUUAAGCGAAUGAACUAUAGCGAUGCUAUUGAGUUUUUGAAAGCUAACAAUAUAACAAAAGAAGAUGGAACUUUCUACGAAUUUGGAGAAGAUAUCCCAGAAAUGCCAGAAAGGAAAAUGACAGACAUGAUUAAUGAGCCUAUUAUGCUUUGUCGUUUUCCCACAGAAAUUAAAUCAUUCUAUAUGCAGCGUUGUCCAGAAAACAAGCAACUUACAGAAUCUGUAGAUGUUCUUUUACCAAAUGUAGGUGAAAUAGUAGGUGGUUCAAUGCGUAUUUGGAACUAUGAAGAAAUGUUGGAAGGAUAUAUUCGAGCGAAUAUAGAUCCUUCACCAUACUAUUGGUAUACGGAUCAGAGAAAAUAUGGUUCAUGUCCACACGGAGGAUAUGGGUUGGGUCUGGAACGAUUUCUUUGUUGGUUACUAAAUAGGUAUCAUAUUCGGGAAGUGUGCUUAUAUCCACGCUUCUUGGAACGUUGUCGUCCUUAAGCUUUAUGCCCUUUAUGAUUGCUUACAUAAAAUUUAAUGUAACAUCCAUAGUUCUAAGUAAAACAAAAGGCUUAUUACUUAUAAACUUAAUUUUCAAAAUAAUUCAAUAUACAUAACAAGUUUAUUUGUUCUUUAAAAGGGAAAGAGAUAAAAUAUACAUCAUUUCAUUGUUAUAUAUAUAUUGUUAUGAUAUACAUAUAUAUAUAUAUAUAAAUUAUAAUAUAUGAAUGUACUUGGUCAAUAUAAUAUAUCAAUAAGUAAGUGCU